UGAAGCGAAACUUGUUGCAGCCGCAGAGGCAGCGUUUGUUUGUUUACACUCGCCCGCUCAAGCAGUCAGUCUUCGACAGACCGCGAGUGCAGACGCGCGCGCGCUUUUUCCGAUCCGGGUGAUAAUAGCGCUGAGGGACGAAAAGGAUUCUCCGCGAGGCGCUAGCAAAUGUAACCGAAUCUAACCAAGAUUAUGAAAGUUUGUUAUGCUAAUUCCGCACGAUUCCGGGGGAAGAUUCAACUACUAGACGCAGAGGCAAAUCGAAGGUGGAACAUUAGCUGAGUGGAACGCACGCACGCAAUUCAUCAUAACGACCGCAGCUCUUAAGCGCUUCAAAUAAAUCAUUUUCUAGUGACAGAAGGAAAAAUUCAAACAAACGCACUGCGCCACCAGUGAAAAGUGAAACUUGUAAGCGACAGAAACAGAACACUGUCAGAACUGAGGCGGCAAGUUUGACGCCGGCAACGAAAUAAAAAAGUGUUUGGUUUUGAAAGUACUUUGAAAGCAGCCGCCGACGCGCGAGCAUCAGCUCGUGUGUGUGUGAAUUGGAAGUAUGGCCAGGAACGCGACGUGUCAUCGUUUAUCGCCCAUGUACCAAACGAUGCUCAUCAGCAUGGCUCUGUUCAUCCUGACAGAGCUACACUCUACUGCAGCGCAUGUGUGGGAUCCAGAAAGCAGCUCCGUCAGAAGGUCCAACCACAAUGCACCCAACAGCCAAAACAGUAACUAUAGCAAGAAUCUCCCCAAUCACAACAUUAAUCAUGGCCGAACGAGUCGAAGUAGCAGCUACUACAACGGUGGCGCCGGCCGCAGCAGCAACGAUCUCGUCCGGAUGGGCGCCGCAAAGUCAGCCGAUUGGUAUGAACCGAGCAAAAAUCGCUACAUGUACGAACACGUUCAAAGUGGAUCGAUUACGUUACCAAAGGGAGGAAGAGCGUUCCUUGAACCUGAUCAAAAUAGGACGCUGGCCUAUGCACACCACGCGCCCCACACCACGGUCCACCGUCAGAAGCCCGCGCGUAUGCACCAGAGAAAUCGCAACCAUCACCAACGGCACAUCGAUUGGCCCGCGAGUCGCCGAUCCAGCGAUCCGAGUGUCAAGACAACUGUUGUCAACGGACUCUGUAUCAAGUGUCCCGCGGACAAAACGGCAAUCGCACGCAAAGGUCUCGACGGAGUGCUGAUCGAACUGCCGAUGCUGACAACCUGUCGCAAUCAACCGAUCUCGCGUGACUUGUACGAGCUGGAAACAUUGUUCGGGGCGAAGUUCAACUUCAUCCUGCCGCACUCGAACGGGGGAGGCCCUUUCUCGUUCCUGGCGAAGGUUGUCAACAAGAGAAGCGGAAAGAUUGUACAAACGUGCGAUCUCCGCUACAAGGUGAUCGUGAAGCAGUGCGGCCGAUACUACCCGAAGAACAAGGACCUGAAGGUGACCUGUGAUUUGGGUAACAUUUGGGGCUCGAAGUGUACCUUCCACUGCAAAAAUGAUGGGUAUCUGAGCAACCAGGAUGCUUUCGUUGAGUGUGGCGAAGACCAAAGCUGGGAGGGAGUGGAGCCACAUUGCGUUUAUAACGACAUCUCCGAUGAUUACGCCUAUGACAGCGACACCACACCCACAUCAGAGUGCAGCUAUCUGAUACCCCCGAACAAUGGCCGAUUUGCGUGCGAGUUGAGGUCAACCGUUGAGAGUUCCAACGAUCUGUACGUGCCCAGCGGCACCAUCUGUCGGAUCAAGUGCAAUGAUAACCACGAAAUACCCGCCCACCUGCAGGCUGGAUCCGUGUUCGCUUGCCACGAGGGCCACUGGAACUCAACAAUGAAACAUUUCUGCCACAAAACGGGCGCCGGAAUGCACCGGAAACGGAGAUACGGUUAAGCUGUUGGCGUGACUCUUCUAGUUUGUAAGACAAUCCGAGAAAAUAAACAAAUAAACCUGAAUGUGAAUACCGGAAUGGCGACUAUAGGUUCCUCUAGAUCGAGGACAGGGACAGAAUCAAACAUUACAUGAUGCCUGUGGAGAUAAUUUAUUACGAGAGGUAUUAUUACUCUGUGAAUUGAAUAAAAUGUAUAGCAUUGUUGAAACAGCCGCUAAAACAUGUUGAGAUUGUUAAGUGAGUUUAUGCUUAAUUAGGUUACCUUAGUAUGUGAAGGCAUGACAAAAUAUUUUUGUAUUUACGAUGAACAUUGUAAGAAUAUUUGCUUUCCACCUAACAAAAAUAACAUAUUUAAGUCUUGUCAAAAAAAACUCUUUCUUUUAAGCUAUCGACGCAUUGCCAUUUGUUUUUUAUUUUAGAAAAGAGCACUGUAUUCUUACAAACAUGUAUUUUAACAUUUUUAGUUUUUUAGAUACAAGUGUAAAUUGACAAAUAUUUGAAUAUAAUUGCCAACGAAAAUAAAAAUGCUUGAAUGGAA